UGUGUCACGAGCUGCCUAUACAAACUCUCCCACCGCUGGAUCCUGCCAGAACCAACUUUAGCCUGUCAGUGAACGCACCGUUGCCUGGAUUACAGUUGUAAAAAAAAGAAAAGAAAUCUCACGGAGGAUACAGCUUAUUUCUUCAGAAGAGACGCGUACACAGGGACAUCAUGGGGAACGCCGUGUCAUGUGUCCCCCAGCGCAGUUUAAGGAGAAGUUUUAUACGCAGGAACAGCAGUCGGAAGUUUUGGAAGAAGGACUCGGAUGAAGGACCGGAGAAGUCCAACAGCAUCAUCAACAUCAUGUCCACUGUGACAAAGGAAAUAUCCCAGAAGGACAUAGAGAAGAUACAGAACAUAAAAUGGGACCCCCCUCCGUUUGCGUACGACCCCUCAGGGGGGUGGAAGAAGAGCAGCAUCAACGUGAAGAACUACGGCAGACUGAUCCACAGCUCCAAAGUGCGCUUCCGCUUCCUGCACUGCCAGGAGAUCCACGACUGCUACCUGGACCUGUUCCAGACACACCUUCAUUUUGUCUCCAACAACACCACUGGGCUCACCUACCAGGGAACUCUUCCGCUGAAGGAGCUGAAAGUGUGCGAAAUGCAGAACGGCAGAAGUAACGAGACAAACCCGUUUGCAUUCCAGAUCAAUGGAAUCGGCCUGAACCCCAUAGUGGUCUUCUGCUCCAGUCGAGUGGAGCUGGACACCUGGAUGGGCCACCUGAGAGAGCACGUGGUGGGGAACGGGGGAACCGUGCUCGCCGCCGAGAUCCCCACCUACACCAGGAUCAAGAGCGCGCAGGAUAGGAUUUCCGGCCGCGAGCAGCUGAGGAAUUCGGUGAAGAACGAGCCGGUUUACGAGUGGGAGGGUUCACAGCGCGAGUCUCUGGGACCCAUCAUCUACGUCACCAAAGUGCAGCUGCAGCACGUGCCCUGUCAGGAGCAGUAUGACAGGCUGCUGGUGAUGUACCCAGCCAACCUCAUCAUUCUGUCCGAGGAGCAAAACGGCCUCUUCUAUAAGGGGAAACUGCCUCUCAACAUGAUCACAGUCACCACACCGUGCCAAGAUGUCAGGCCAAACACUUUUAUGAUUGAAGGGAAGCUGAUCAACCCCAUCAUUGUGUCCUGUCUGGACAAGAAGGAGUUUCAUGACUGGAUUCAUAAUUUCAAAGCCUCUUACGUCCCGGUGCAUAUUCCCCCACCACCGGUCUAUGACAUCAUCGACAACCCAACCAAGAGAACGGCUACCAGCCAGUUUGACAGAUGGAGCGGGAACAGCAGCCAAGCUUUGGCGGAAUCGCAGAGACUCUCACAAAAUGGCCGGGGGUCUUUUGAACUGAAAUUCCAGAACCGUUUGGACAAUCCCAUGUCUCCAGGCUAUAUGGAGCCUCUCUGUUACGUGCCCAGCCGGCCGGCCUCCACGGACCCCCAGACGGCGGCUCGGUAUGGCGUCAGGAGCAACAGCUUCUCCCACCGCACCCGGCCCGCGUCCGACUUCCACGCCCCGCACCAGCGGCUGUCCUACGCCGUGGCCCCCACCGUCCCCGCCUCCCCCGUCUACAACACGCCCUACCCCGCCCUGCACGCCGACAAGUACUUCCUCGUGAAGUCGAACAGCUGGAGCACGCCCCAGUCCGGCGGGCGGUACCACCUCUCCGGCCCCCAGCGGUACUCUGACCUGUGCGCCCCCCGCCGCCCGCUGUCGCCCCUCUACGAUGACCCCAGCACCCCGGGCCGCUACCUGCAGGAGGACAACUACGUCAGGCCGGCGGUGUCAGUGCAGAAUCACAGUGCCCCCCUUCUGCCCCCCACCUUCCGGCUGUGCACCCCUCCUCUGGGCAGGCGGAGGAAGAACCUGCAGGAAUCCGAGCAGGAGGUGGAAAGCUCCGAUUGGGCCUCGCAGCAGAGAGCCAAGUCCGUGUCCAGGCUGAAGAUGCUGUCUCCGCCCACAACGCUGUCACCCAGCUCCGUCAGACCGAUGAUCUACCCAUCACAAAGCCAUCCGAUGCCUUACAAUUACCUGCAAGAGGACAACGCUUUCCUGGAGGCCGCGGAACCGGACGACCAGGAAACGGACUACGAUAACGUUUGGGAAGUAGACAAAGACAGUCAGAUGAUUCAGUCGCCGAUCGGGAUUUCGCCACACUGGACCACGGCAGGCUUGGGCGUAAACGGCGUACACGCAGUGUCAACACAGCCGAGGUGGUGAUAAAACACACGCUGUACAAACACACUCCUCACCUGUGUGUGAACAGAGACCUUUUACCUGGCCUGUUACUGCACCCUGGAACCGUUUUACUAGGACCUGUCACAAACAAUAAUCCAUAACCCCAUUCACAAUAAGCCAUAUGAAAACGUGCAGGAAAGUGUCCGUACGCAUUGGUAGCAGGGCAUUUGACACUCAUUUCUGUACUGUUGUCAGUAUUGCACUAGGAGGGCCUGUUAUUGCUGUGCUGUCACUGCUGUAGUGGAGUGACCUGGUGCUACCAUGAAUUACUUCACCUUGAAAUUUGGGAGGAAUAUUUAUUUUGUUAUUUUUUUUACGAGUGCGAUUUUAUUAGUAAGAUAUGUCUGAACUCCACUGCAUAUCUAGGCAUGUGUAAAAAAAAAAAAAAAAAAGGGAAUUGUAAAGACCUUUGAACAGUCAGUCAGGGAUUUAGGAUUCUAAGGAUGAUAGUCUAGGGCUUUGUCGGACUCCCCUCUGCCAUUUACAUGUAGCAUAGCACAAUGUUGUAUAUAAUAUGUAAAUAUGUAUAAAUUCUCAAGUGCUUGAAAAAUGUUCUAUUGUAUUAUUGAUAUUUUAAUAAUAUUAAAAUAAUAUUUUGUUAUUUAAUAAUGUUUCAGAAGAGCUUCAUGUUUACAUAAUGUUUACAUAUUGUUGUAAAAGUUGAAGUACAAAGGCAAUUAAAACAAAACAAAUAGAUUUUUUUGUA